AUGUCUGCCUCAACGAUACACGCAGAUGCCCCGCCGGCUGUGGUGCAGGACCCCGAAGGCCUUCAGUAUGAGACGGGAGUGCAGCUUGGAAAAGGUGGCUUCGCCAUAUGCCAUCGCGCGAAGCUGCUGGGCCACGACCACCUCGGCAGCAGCACCGUCGCUUUGAAAAUCGUCAAAUCCAAAAUGGAGCCUCCCAAGCUGGCGCAAAAGUUUGUGACUGAGCUCCAGAUCCACUCGAAGCUAUCCCAUCCCAACAUCGUCGAGUUCUUCCGCGCCUUUUCCUUCGAGGCGAGCACCUAUGUUGUUCUCGAGCUGGCCGAGAAUGGCUCGCUGGCCGAUGCGAUCAAGAAGCGCAAAUACUUCACCAUGCCCGAGAUCCGGCGAUUUAUGAUCCAGACAUGCGGCGCCAUCAAGUACCUACAUCAGCGCAACAUCGUGCAUCGCGAUCUCAAGACCGGCAACCUGUUUCUUGACCGCGACAUGAACGUCAAGGUCGGUGACUUUGGCCUCGCCGCGCUAUUGGUGUCACAGAGCGACUACGGGGCGAUCCGUCGAACAACCAUGUGCGGCACACCCAACUACCUUGCUCCAGAAGUCUUGGAGAAGACUGGAAAGGGCCACGACGAGAAGGUUGAUCUAUGGGCCAUCGGAAUCAUGAUGUACACACUUGCCGUGGGCAGGGCGCCGUUCCAUGCUGCGAAGCGCGAAGACAUUUACCGAAAGCUAAAGGCUCGCGAAUACACCUGGCCGGAUCUUGCAAAGUUUGCCAACGAAAUUACCGACGACCUGCGUGACAUUGUCUCUCUACUGCUCGUACACGAAGAUGAGCGACCAACACCCGACCAGAUCGUUGCGCAUCCAUUUUUCAAGCUAGGCUAUAUCCCAUUGGAGCUUGAUAGCGGCUGCACCUCGAGGAUUCCAAAAUGGCCCAAGAACCGCCCACCGACUGCCUCGACGAUCAGACGCGGAUACACGGAAGAAUGGUGGCAGCUUUGCAAAUCGUCUGCCGUUGGCGAAUACGAGCCUGGAAAGUCGUUCGGAGCGUACGGCCGCAGAUCGAACAAGACAGUUGCACGAGACUGUCAGAAGGAGAUUGAAGCUGGCAAGCAGCCCAAUAUUCCAUUUGCCAAGGACGUUGUAUAUGUGCCUUUCCCUGCGCGCGUGCAAUGGCCUCACCAAGCUCCUGGGGGUCUGAGCGAGAUUUCAGAGGAGAAGGAAUCAUCAUCAGAAGGUCACGCACUUUCGGAAACCACUGGCAACGACCGAGUCAAGGCCCGUGUACCCAGAGCUUCAAGGAGAGAGCAACCACCAGUACAGACACUCAAGGAGAACACAGACCCAGAUCAAGAACCCGAACAAGCACACCGGAUUUUGGACAAGCAACCCACUCGACUCAGGGCGGUUCGCAAGAUAUCGAAUCCUGGUCGCGUCACAGCAAACACAGCAACGGCACCUGCCCCAUUACGCGUUCCUCGUGAGGCACGGGCGUCAACUCGUUCGAGGGCGGUGAAAGAACCCACCAAAGAAACAUCAAAGACUAGCUCAACAGGACUUCCCGAUCUCCCACCACUACGAGUUGUUAAAGCGAGUACUCGGGAAAGGGAGAGUGAGAAGUCGGAGCCUUUGUCUCAAUCAUCGAGUUCGCGAAGUGCUCCUCGUUACCGUACUAUUGGCUCGGAUAUGCCUUCAACGGACCCGGUAGCCGUAUUGGCGCGUCUGAUGACAUUCCGAGACAACCUCGAGAGAGUGCUGGACAAGAAGCCGACCAAGUCGAGGCGAGAGCAGCCACCACAAUUGCCAUUUGUCGCAAAGUGGGUAGACUACAGCCGACGAUAUGGAGUUGGAUAUGUCCUCAGCGACGGCAGCAUCGGAACGCUGCUGUCGGCCGAGGAGCAAUACCCGGUUACCAUUGCAUUUGCGACUGACGGAUACAAUCAUCUCCGGAAAGCCGGAGGCAACCGAGAGGUGGCCAAGAGCGUAGCGCUGAACUACUACACGACUGUCAAGAAGGACCGAGGACUGUCGCAAAUCGAAGUGCUUGAUUCGCGACGCGUCGAGGAGAUCCGGACAGUGUGGCAUAAGUUUGGAAAGUACAUGUGCGCAACGUUUGGCGACGAGGAGAAGCCUCUAAGGAAAGAUCCGCGCGUCAACUUUGUCCGGUUCUACCAGCGACUGGGCAAUGUGGGAAUAUGGGGAUUCGACGAUGGGUCGUUCCAGCAGUUCAACUUCCCCGAUCACACUAAGCUUGUUCUUUCGUCAGAUGCUGGAUAUGGACACUUUUUGUGCCUGCCACUUGACGCAACAUCUCUUCUCGAGGAGACGGGCAGCGUACCGUGGAGACAUGUGAAGGCCCGUGCUAAUCUGCGAGGUUCUCUGCAACAGCUUCUGUAUGGCUCAGCAGACAAGGAAGACAGCUACAAGGAGCUGACGGAAAGCAAUCUGCUGCGGGCGAAGAUUGAAUUCAUCUACGCCGUGGUUGUGGAAUGGUGCCAGCAAGGAGGGCUCGGAUGCCUGGCCGACCCCAAGAUGUACUCAUGGGGCGGCCCUCAACUCGAGGAAUCUAGACGGUUAGACUGGGCGAGUGGGAAAACCAACCGCGCAGCGCGCAAGGCCGUUGGUGGCCAGCCCGCAGCGAGGGCUGCCCCCAAGGCCCAGUUCGCAACAAAGGCCGUCUUCGAGACGACCAAGAAGAAGGAAGUCGGAGUCUCAGAUCUGACCCUGAUCAGUAAAAUCUCAAACGAAGCCAUCAACGACAACUUGAAGAAGCGAUUCGAGAAUGGCGAGAUAUACACAUAUAUCGGACACGUACUGGUGUCUGUCAAUCCCUUCCGCGACUUGGGCAUAUACACCGACCAGGUGCUCGAGGGAUACAAGGGCAAGAACAGGCUCGAGGUUCCACCUCACGUUUUCGCAAUCGCCGAGUCUGCCUACUACAACAUGAACGCAUACAAAGAAAACCAGUGUGUCAUCAUCUCCGGCGAGUCGGGAGCAGGAAAGACAGAGGCCGCCAAGCGACUCAUGCAGUACAUUGCAAACGUAUCCGGCGGAAGCAACUCGUCCAUUCAAGAGAUCAAGGACAUGGUGCUGGCCACUAACCCCCUGCUCGAAUCCUUUGGAAACGCAAAGACACUGAGGAACAACAACUCGUCGCGCUUCGGAAAGUACCUCGAGAUCCACUUCAACGCGCAGGGAGAGCCGGUCGGAGCAAACAUCAACAACUACCUACUCGAGAAGACUCGCGUGGUGGGGCAGAUCACAAACGAGCGAAACUUCCACAUCUUCUACCAAUUCACAAAGGCUGCUUCAGCAAACUACAGAGAAAUCUUUGGUCUGCAACAACCACAAGCCUACGUGUACACUAGUCGGUCAAAGUGCUUCGAUGUCCCGGGAAUCGAUGACAACGCCGAAUUCAACGACACGCUCAAUGCCAUGAAGGUUAUUGGAUUGCCACAGGCGGAACAAGACAACAUUUUCCGAAUGCUUGCAGCUAUCCUCUGGUUAGGAAACGUAUCUUUCCGAGAAGACGACCAGGGCAAUGCGGCCAUUGUGGACCAGUCUGUGGUGGAUUUCGUAGCAUACCUACUCGAAGUUGACGCUGCGCACGUCAACAAGGCGCUCACAAUUCGCAUCAUGGAAACAAGUCGUGGAGGACGACGAGGCUCCGUGUACGACGUACCUCUGAACUGCGCGCAAGCAGGCGCAGUCCGAGACGCGCUCGCAAAGGGCAUCUACUUCAACCUUUUCGACUGGAUUGUAGAGCGUGUCAAUUUAUCCUUGAAAGCUCGCGGGGAAACUGCGCAUUCCAUUGGUAUUCUCGAUAUCUACGGCUUUGAGAUUUUCGAGAAGAACAGCUUCGAACAGUUGUGCAUCAACUAUGUCAACGAGAAACUCCAGCAAAUCUUCAUCCAGCUGACAUUGAAGGCUGAGCAAGAAGAGUACGAGCGAGAACAGAUCAAGUGGACACCCAUCAAAUACUUCGACAACAAGAUUGUCUGCGACUUGAUUGAGGAGAAGCGCCCACCGGGUGUCUUUGCUGCCCUGAACGAUGCUUGUGCGACAGCGCACGCAGACCCGACUGCUGCAGAUCAGACUUUUGUCCAGAGGCUCAACGCUCUAUCCUCGAAUCCCAACUUUCAACCUCGCCAGGGCCAGUUCGUCAUCAAGCAUUACGCUGGUGACGUGUCGUAUGCAAUUGAUGGAAUGACUGACAAGAACAAGGACCAGCUGCUCAAGGAUCUGUUGAACCUGCUUGGUCAAAGUUCCAACACUUUCGUUCACACACUCUUUCCCAACCAAGUCGACCAAGACAACAGACGGCGACCGCCAACGGCUGGAGACAAGAUCAAGGCGUCUGCCAACGACCUUGUGACCACUCUGAUGCAAGCCCGCCCGUCCUACAUCCGUACCAUUAAGCCCAAUGAGAACAAGUCGCCCAAGGAAUACAACGACUCAAAUGUGCUCCACCAGGUCAAAUAUCUUGGUCUGCAAGAAAACGUACGAAUUCGGAGAGCUGGUUUUGCGUCACGUCAGACCUUUGACAAGUUUGUCGAGCGAUUCUUCCUGCUGUCGCCAAAGUGCUCCUAUGCUGGAGAAUACACUUGGACGGGCGACUAUGAGACUGGAGCCAAGACGAUUCUGAAGGACACUAACAUACCCGCGGAAGAGUACCAAAUAGGAACGACAAAGGUGUUUAUCAAGACUCCAGAGACCCUGUUUGCGUUGGAGACGAUGCGCGACCGGUACUGGCAUAACAUGGCUAUCCGUAUUCAGCGAGCUUGGAGAAACUAUCUGCGUUACCGAACAGAAUGCGCUAUUCGAAUACAACGAUUCUGGCGAAAGCUCAACGGAGGCAAAGAGUUCAUCGAGUGGCGCGAUCAAGGACACACCAUUCUUCAAGGCCGAAAAGAGAGGAGAAGGUACAGUUUGAUUGGAUCUCGAAGGUUUAUGGGAGACUAUCUUGGCAUCGGAAAUCACGGCGGUCCUGGCGAGAUCAUUGCUCAAGCCGUCGGUAUAUCAUCCAGCGAGGAGGUACCUUUCUCAUGCCGAGCCGAAGUGCUUGUGUCGAAGCUUGGUCGAUCGAGUAAACCAGAGGCUCGCAUGCUGGUGCUUACCAAGAAGAAUGUUUAUCUCAUAAAGCAGGUCAUGGUCAACCGUCAAGUCCAGAUCCAAGCCGAGAGGACAAUCCCCGUGGGCGCAAUCAAGUUCAUUAGUUGUUCCACCCUCAAGGACGACUGGUUCUCGAUCGGUGCAGGCUCACCAACGGAACCUGAUCCACUUGUCAACUGCGUGUUCAAGACUGAGUUCUUCACACAGCUCCACAACGUACUGCGGGGCGCUCUGACACUCAGAAUAGGCGAGACUAUCGAGUACAACAAGAAGCCUGGCAAACCGGCUCAAGUCAAGGUAGUCAAAGACCCUGCAGUGCCGAGAGACGAUCUGUAUAAGAGUGGUACUAUUCACACUGGCCCGGGAGAGCCACCCAACUCCGUGUCGAAGCCUACCCCCAAGGGUAAGCAGGUCGCUGCAAAGCCCAUCACAAAGGGCAAGCUUCUACGGCCCGGUGGCCCAGGCGGAGGUCCCUCAAAGCUCGCGUCUCGUCCAGCACAACCGAGAGCUGUGCCACAGCCCGCUGCAUCUCAACCCAAGCCUGUCCCACACCCAGUCGCUGCGUUAUCGAAUGGUACCAGCUCUCACACACGCGAGGUUUCGGCGGGUUCAGCACGCGCACCACCCCCACCUCCUCCUAUGCCACAAGCGCGUGCUGCACCACCAGCCCAACCAAAGGAGCCUCGGUACAAGGCACUGUAUGACUUUGCAGGCCAAAGUGCCGGUGAGCUAAGUCUCGGAAAGGACGAAAUCAUUCUGGUCACGCAGAAGGAGAGCAAUGGAUGGUGGUUGGCUUCCCGUCUUGACAAAUCUGCGUCUGGGUGGGCACCAUCUGCUUACCUUGAGGAAGUCGUUGACCGCACAUCUGCUCCCGCCCCACCCCCAGCGCCGCCCGCUCGCCCUGCGAACGGUAAGCCCAAACCACCUGCUCCCCCCGCUAAACGUCCUGCUGCGAGAAAAGCCGUCAACGGUGAUUCUGGCAGAGAUAGCGGAUACAGCGGUAGCGGCGGCAGUACCAUGGAGAGUGCGAGAGACAGUAGCGGUAGCAUCGCUGGUGGACUUGCAGAAGCAUUGAGGCAGAGGCAAGCAGCUAUGCAUGGGAGGAAAGCCGAUGAGGAUUGGUAG